UGCCAGAAGCGGCUUUGUCAUGCUGGCCACAUGACCUGGAAGCUAUACGCCGGCUCCCUCGGCCAAUAAUGCGAGAUGAGCGCGCAACCCCAGAGUCGGUCACGACUGGACCUAAUGGUCAGGGGUCCCUUUACCUUUACCUUUAAAAGCUGUGCAAGGAUUGCCAUCAUGUUAGACAAGUGAGGUUACACCUGGAGUUUGUGGUAUAAUAAUAAUAAUAAUAAAUUUUAUUUAUUUAUUUAUACAUACCCCACCCAUCUGGCUGGGUUUCCCCAGCCACUCUGGGCAGCUCCCAACAAAAUAUUAAAAACACAAUAAAACACCACACAUUAAAAACUUUCCUAGCAAUUUGUAUUCUGGGAAAUCCUACCUAUAUUCUAGUUUAACCUACGAAUGUAUUUAGAGCCCUGCUAAUAAUCUCAAAGCUACUUGACAGACUGCAUGUAGUUGAGCAGGUUAAGACUUUGGAACAUGAAAUGCUAGCUAAUUAAGUUAACUAGAAUAAGCUGUGUGGUGGCAAAGCGGUGCUGACUGAGACCUGGGAGUCCAGGGUUCAAAUCCCCACUCUGUCUGAAGCUCACUGGGUGACCUUAGGCCAGUCACUGCCCAACAACUCUGUUGUUGUGAAGAUUAAAUGAGGGUGGGGAAACCAUGUAUACCACCAUGAGCUCAUUAGAUGAAAAGGUGGGACACAAAUGCAGUAAAUUAGUGCUAAUAAAUACAUUCUAUUCAUGCAUUUUGGGGAACAUGCUCCAAUGGAUUUAGUGGGAUUGACUUCUGGGUAAAUCACAUAACAGGGCAUUUUAAAUAGCCAUCAGACCUGUUGAUUCUGCUGUGAGUUCCAAAUUUUUGGACUUGGGAUGUAGGUAAAGCACACCUAACCUGAACUCUAUGGCAUGUCCAGAGCUAGCAUCUUAAAGCCAGUAAGCAUUUCUAGGAAGCACUUGGAAGCUGACAGGUGAGAUGGAUAAAUGUUAAAUUUUAUGCUGUUGUAUAAAAUUUUGUUGGCAUCUGUCUGUCUUGACUUUUGAGAGACAAUGGAAGGUGCUUCUGGGAAUGAAGUCAAACGAAUGGAGAAUCACAGCGCCUGUUGUGGCUGCAGAGACUGGUAACUUAUAACUGCUGCCUCCUGCAUUGUUUUUUGCUGCGAUAGCAGCACCCUUGGGGCGCAAGCCUGGGCAGUGUGUAUGGAGGUCCUGGGCUGUCCAGACGACAAGACUCCACUUUCGGACUCGCUGAUGUGGUCCUAAGGAAAUACAUUUGGUACCAGCUUGGCUGCAGGAGUUGCUGGAAGGAGGCAUACAAGAUGCCAUCCAACCGUCUCAGGGACUCUGCUCCUUAGCCUUUUCUUCUCCCAAAGAUGUCCCACAAGGCAGAAAGUAUUGAUUUUUCUUCAGGGUUUACCAUUUACUCCCAAAGCCCUUCUCACAAAUUUGCAAGGCAGCAGAGGUUUAGAACCACAAUUUUCCUUCUCUUAGAUGAGCUACCUUCCCAGGUUGACAAGCCCCAUCUUCCCCUCCUUUCCCCCUACAGCACAUGCAGUAACUGCUUCCUUGACUGUUGGACCCACUAUUGGUCUCGUUCACUCAAUCCGCCAGUCUGUCUCUGCAUGCAGGGGAAGUCCCUAACACAUGGAAGAUCUGAGAUUCAUUGGCUACCCUCACUCGAUUUAGCUGGCCCAUUGAAGCUGUUUCCCCAGAAGUGGCUGCUGUUGCAUGCUGACAGCUUCCAGAAGAACUGAGUGCAGGAUGGGGUCCAAAGGUGGACAAACUGCCCCAGGAGCAUGGCAUGUCUCCCACCAGAGAUACUGCCACUCCCUUAACACUCCACACACCCCUGUAUAAAAUAGAAACUCAGUAAGUAUUUGUGUUAUGUUUUGUAUAUAUUUUGACAUACCGGUAGUGUUGUCAACUGGUAAACAAAGAAAGCAUUUGCAUCUAUAUGCUAUAUCCUCCAUGCCCACUUCUGUAGAAUGUAUGUAAAUAAUGUUUUAUGAGUGCUUACAUUUUGCUACAUCUUGUAUAUUGUCCAUGUCAAGUGAUUUGCUGUGUGUUUUUAAUCCUUUCUCAACACUAACCCAAGUUUUAAAGGACCUGUAACUGCAUUUGGCCUUCUCUUCCUCAUCUUAUUUUCUCUUUGCCUCACCUACUGUUGCCUAAGGCGCAACUACAGGCGACACUGACUGGAUCACCCAAUAUUCUUAAAAGUUUAAUAACUGCAAUAGUUUGGAUUGGGACUGAGGAAGGGAGUUUAAUGCACAGUAAGGAAACAGUGUCACUUAUUGGUCUGUAUCCCCAGCACAUUUCAAAAAAUCAUCUUUUUCCAAGGGUGAAGGGAUAUUUUAUUCCUAAAACAUAAGAACUAUUCUUUUAAAAUCCUUUCUUCAUAGCUACCCCUAUGGUAAAUUUUGAGCAGUUUUUACUGUGUUUCCUAAAGGGGGAAAAAGGACUCACAUAGGUUUAGAAUAAAGAGCAGUCUGUGUUAACUGUCUUGUGUUAACUGUCACCAUCUCUGCAAUCCCAACUCAUAUUCCUUCCCAUUACCACCCCUGUUAUUUAAGCAGAAGGAUAUGAGUAGGAACUCCUCUGUUACAUUAUUUUGAAUAAGCUUCUUGUGGGCAGAAGCCUGCCUGUUUUGCAGUUGUAGUUUGGUAAGGUGCCAUAUAUCCUGUUUACUUUUUUGGGGGGAGGGGGGUGUACUUGUACCCUGAUAGAGCUAAACACUUUCUAGAUUGGCAGCAACACCCUAAAUUCAUAGCAUCAAUGGCUGCUAGUGCUGAUGGCUGCAUUACCUCUAGAAGUAGAAGCAGUAUGCUUCUGAUAAUACCAGUUGCUGGGGCUCACAGAUAAGGAGAGUGCUGUUGCAUUUCUGUCCCUGCUUGUGGUCUUCACAUAGGCAUCCCAAGGUGAACAGAAUACUGUUGUAGAUAUGACUUUGGUGUGAUCCAGCAGUGCCUUUCCUAUGUUACAUUUUCAGUAAGACUCAAACUAUCAAUCUUUCGAGAAUUGCCUCUGAAUUGGCCAGACCCCAGUGAUCUAACUUACCCCUGCUCUGUCAGCUGAUGAUAGUUCUACCCUUUGGAGAAUUAUGCCUUGACUCUCAGUGGUAGCUCUGUGAUGUAUCUCGCCUGCUCUCCAAAUCAAUAUAGGCUGGAGCGCCUCUCCAUUCACCCAUAAGAAUGCACUGAAACAUUGGGAGAUCGUCCCCCUUACAACUCUUUACUACUUCGAUUGGAAGUAUGAUAGGAAGCCUGGGGUGCUGAGAGUCAUUAUUCCAAUCUUGACUGUUUGUGCUGAUGAUUGCCCACUGCUGACUUUACCAUCCAAACUCAAUGGACAGUAAGUCUGAUUAUUUUACACUCUGCUAAAUAGAUUGAGAUGAAAGGGAUAUUACCAGAAAUGCAGCACACGGAAGGAUGGAUAGAUAGAAAGAAAGGAGCUGGCAAGUUGAGGGCUGCUGUAGCAGCUCUUCUACUUCCUUGGAACUUUACUUCUUUGGAACUUCCUUGUAAUGUUUGAAGAUUCUUACCAUGGGGCAUAGGCAUGUCCGUCCAUUCUUCUGAUAGGUGAACUCUUGAGUGGGUCAACCUUGGACUCUUUGCCUCCUUUCUUCAGGUGUGUGUGUGUGUGCGCGCACACACACCUGUAGCGGCCACUUGCAUCAUUGCCAGAUGUUCUGACUGCAACUAGCUCUUGCCUGUUCAGGGCACGCUCUUGUGAAUGAAAGUGAGCAAGCUGUGCAGGGGGGGGGGGCUCCGUUGGAACUGUCAGGCAGGGAAAACAAGCCCUAGACUUCUUCAUGAGUCAGUUGAAUCAUUGCCCAAAGUUGCAGGAUGGGUAACGAAAUUAACACCUGGUGUUUAAUUCUACUGCAGAGGAGGCCAUGAGAAGGAAAAUUUCAUAUUCACAAAUACACAUUCUUAAUACUGUGGAGUGUUAAGCUUUGAGACUAAGGAGCUUCCUUUUGAUUCAUCAUGAGGUUGCCAAAUCACUGCUGCUGCCUUGACAGCGGUCAAACUGAAUUUUUUUUUUUACAUAGGAUAUGUUUGUUCUCACUGUGUGAAUAUAGGUACACUCUUUGAAUCUGAGCAGCUCUCAUCUUGGAGUGAGCUUGUUGACAAAAGCUGCAGAGAUGGCAAAACCAAUGGAAGCAACACAUUUCCAUCUGGAAGGGACCUGAAUGGCAGAGUUUUGGGCAUCUAUAACUCACAUGCUUGCAGCGGGCCACGAUGAUGUGGUAAAGUAGCUCAGCUCUGAUCUGUUGCAUCUUCCCUCAGCCUGUUGUUUGGUAACUACAGUAUAAUCAAUGAGAGCUGCUAAUACUACUCAGCUUAAUUUUUCCACCUCUUCAGUGGAGUGUAGCUGGAGCAAUGAUGAGUAAUAGAGUUUUUUGUGUGUGUUCUUGAGAAAUGCUGCUCUAACCUUUUUAAGCUUGGAUGGGUAGAUUGAGCAUUUAAAUCUCUAGAUUUUUCCAUUGCAUUGGAGUGAUGGAGCAUUCUUCUCAAGUGAAUCACUCUUAACACAUAGAGCUUUUUUUUUUUGUAAACUGAAGUCUCUGUAGGAAAGUGACUUUUUACUGAAUCUUGGUAGCUGUUUAUGUCUCUUGGGCUGCCUUUUUGGCAUUGCCAGUUGACUGAGGACAAACCUGAGUGUUGUACUGGUCUCUCUCUCUCUCUCUCUCUCUGUCCUCAUGCUAUCUCACUGCCCUUUAUCGUCCUGAACAUUCCAGUGCUGAGAUGUGAUUCUCCCACACCCACCUCCCCCAAUUCCUUUCCUGCAGGCCUGAAAAUUUUUGCUUGUUUUUGGUCACAUAGAGACAGACAGACAGGCCUCCCUUAGACAGAAAGCCAAGGGUUCUCAAGUGAGAGGAGGAGAGAAAUGGGCAUGAAACUGUAACUGAUACAGGGUUACUAUAGAAACCAGCCAUUCUUAAUAGUGCCCUGCUGCUAUUUUGUCGCUUGCUCCAAUGGCCUUGGUGUCUUCUGCAAGACCAAUGAGGCAAGAAAGUUCCCACCCCCUUUGCAACCAAAAAGAAUGGUACAGUCUCUUUUUCUUUAACCUUGGGACUUUGUUCAGUUCUUCAGGUGCCUCAGCAUUUGGCAGCUUGGCACUGAGUGGCACUGCCAACUGGUCUCUGGUAUUCUCUGCCAAGCGCAGCACAGGAAGCACUGCUAAGCCUGUGUACAGUCCUGAAAAUAAGUGUUCAGUAAACAUAUGGUUGAAAGGGAGACAUGGAGCAGAAGAGCUGAAAAUGCAGGGGUAUCUAGUGCUCUCUUUGCCAGGCCCUGGAAGUGUUUUGAGAGCCAAGGCCCCCAAUGCCUGGGAAGGCAUACUCUUCCAGUUCUGGCUUUGGGUGCCUGUCUGCCAGUAAUGCAACUUGAUGCAGAAAACUGCCUUCUCCUUGAUGAUGUUUGUCCAGAUAUUUACACUUCUUUCCACAGUCUGAUCUAAUCAUUGUAUCAUAAACCCCUUCAUGGUUGUGUGAUGUUGGGUGUACUAAGCCUUCCGUUUUCAGGAGGUGCAAAGCAGAAGGAAAAUAAUAAUGCUUUCCCCCCUUCUGCUUAUUCAUAACUGGUAUGAGACAUCUAUCUGUGGGCUGGCAACAGUUGGCCCUGCCUUCCAUGACACCAGAGGACUUGAUUCCUCCUCAGGCUUCUUCUGUUGGCUUUGGCGCUCUUACGUCACAAAGGGGUGGGGCAAGCAAGGGCCAUGCAGCUGAACUCAAAGCGUGUUAGGGAUCCCUUAGAACUGAAAUCCCAUUUUCAAGGAGUAACUUUUGCUUUCAUUGUAGAAGAUAACACACCUUGGUGCAAAUCAGCUGUUAGUUUUUUGGAAGCCUUUGGUGGCAAAGCCUGUUAGGCUAGCCAUGGGUAGAUGCUGCUGCCUGUGGUUGUAUGUUCAUAUUGCUGCUUUCUGUAAAAAGCAGUUUAGAAAAGGUAACUUCGAUUAAAGCCAGUGUGUGCUUCCCUCAUUCCUAUCCCUGUUUCCUCCUUGCUUUCUCAUAGGAGGGACUCUAGCUCAGUGGUAGAGACAUGCUGCUUUGCAUGCAGAAGGUUUCAAGUGCAGAAUCUCUCCAUAUUCAGUCUUGGUUAACUUGGCUGGAAAGGCUAUUUCUUUGCCUAAGGCAAUGGAGAGAGUUUCUUUGUCACUCAGCAAUAUUUGACCAGAGCAGGGGUAGGGGAUCUGUGCCCCUCCAGAUGUUGCCAUGCUACAACUCCAACCAUCUCUGCCCCUUGACUAUGCUGGCGGGCUACUGGGAGAGCCACCCCUAGGCUGGUUACCAAGCUUAUGCUGGCAAUUAAGCAAAUACAUGUAAUAAGGGAUCUCUGGUUUUAAAUGUUUUCAUGGCUUUUGUUGUGUAAAUGUACAGGUAUAUUUGUUGUAAACUGCUAUCAUGUUGUUUUGUGAACAGCUGUGUACAAAUACUUCUUGAUAAAUAAAUAAAUAAAUAAAUAAAUAAAUAAAUAAAUAAAUAAAUAAAUGUAAGGCCCACUUCCCACCAAGAAACAUUCUCUUCCAGCACUCCUGAUGCUGGGCGCUGGCAGCUUCUGACACACAUGUUAUGUCUGCUGCUUUUCAAAUCCAUGGACCAGCUAUUAUGAAAAUGCAUAAGUGUCUUCUCACUAAAGCUACUUUCUGCUUUAGGGAAAUAGGUUGGUGCCUCCAUGCUGGGGGCUUACUGUGCAACUGAACUUCAGCCACAACACAAGCCAUCUACUCUUGUUUUUCCCCCCUGGCAUUUGGGGCGCCUUCUCAAAUUGCUGCUGCUCCUAUAAAUUCUUAAUGCUAGUCAGGGAAGUGGUUGGGCACUGACUACCUCUGCUACGGUAGUUGCAAAGUGUCAGCACAGGUUAGGCUGACCAGUUUUCAAGAAGUUUGUUUGCUGAACGUGUCUGAGCCCUGUGAUCUUUGAUUGGCUGUGAAUUUGGCUCUUACGGUACUUCCUGGUGUCUGGCUCUUAUUUUCAUGCCUGUGCAUUGGGAACAUAUUCUUUGGAAUAAGGAAUGGUUAUGCAAAGCUCGCUUUAAAACCCCUGAUGUCCAAUAAGUUCUUCUGGGUUUUCUUGCGAGGUGAGAAAGGAAAGUGGGCGGAGGGGAAAAGAUGGUUUAAAUAUUGUGAAACAGUGAGAAGUGAGACAUGGAAUACAAACAAUAAUUUGGGCUGGGCAAGAAAUUCUGCAUCCUAUUUGUGGGUGAUGAAAUGGGGUGGCGGGGGGAGGAUCAAUUGAAUUUUCCAACAACCGCGAAUGACUGAAAAAAAAUCUCAAACAUUAUAUUCUAAUAAAUGUUGGCUCUGUUCAUACUGAAAUUAAAUUGUCUUCUUUGGUUCUUACUAGUGUCUGAAGGAAUACAGUGGACUCAGAGGAGAGCUGGAAGGAGGGAGGGGCCAAGUUCACACUUUUCUUCAGCAAUCUUAAAAUAAUAAAUCUUAAAAUAUAAAAUAUCAAAAUGGGCCCUGCACAUGCGCCCAUUACUUCACAGGCAGAGGCUGGAACCGGACAUUUCACCAAGUAUUCUCCAAGGGCCCCCGAAAUUCUCCCAACAGUUUGCAGGGAGCCCAUAGAAAUCUUUUAUUGAAAAUUCUUCAGCCCAACCCUAAGCACCAUACUUUCCAAGGUAAGCCACCUCCUUACAAUGAGGGAGUCCUUUAAUUUUUAGGGAUCCGUUUUGAAGUCUACUCACUCUUUGAAAAAACAACCUACCUGCCCCCAUAGCUUAACCUCUAUGCAAAUGCUUUCUAUUCCAUCUCUUCACCUCAACCUCCUGUCAUGUAUUACCAUCCCCGAAGCUCUCAGGCUUGUGAUAUGCAUGAGUAUGAAUAAUGGCCCCCAAAGCCCACAAAGGGGGCUGAGUCUUCAGUGGCGUUUUUUUUCUGUUCACAAAAAUAGAUACAGCUGAACUGCUUGUGCUUAAUCCUACUGUUGUCAUCAGCUGGUUGUGGCUUGGAGCUUGUGAAGGGAGGGUCAAGCACUGAACAUCCUGUGCGUGUGAAUCGGAGAGUGCUCUGGACCAGGACUGUGGGAAGGUGACUUUCUACAGUGACGGCAGCACGGGAGUUUCUGCUGACGGAUGGCAAGGCAGCAUUUAGCUUCCACUGACAGAUCUGGCUUGUGUAUUGUGAAAUGGGAUCUCCUGCAAAGUGAGCAGCCAAGAAGCUUCUCUACCUGACUCAACGUUUAUUGUGGUUGUGAGGGGGCAGAUGAGCUCAGCAGGGUUUCCUGGGGACAUAACCCACCCACCUGCUAGGGGAGGGGGCAGCAGCAUGAAGGAACUCACUGUCUCAACUGCCCUCUGUGUCAAAGAAGGAAGCACUAACAAUGCCAAAGCCAAGAGGCAAAGGCCUCAGUUACACUUCCCUUAUUUAAAAUUAUAAAUGACAUCCCAAGUGAUAAAGCUGUAUUUGGCCUUUAUUCAGGUGGGGUUGGUUAAAUGGAGUCUUGAGGUGGCUAAAAAUUUAGGGUUGACUGCUAGCGACCAUUGUGUUGUAGCAAGUGACUGGUAACGUUAUUACAAUCUCUCGGACCAGGAGGGGGAAAGUUCAGGUCCUCUUUGCAAGACAGCUCUGGUGGUGGGGCUUCUUAAUGUGCAGCUUCCACUGCUAUAAACACUGCCUGUCACUGCUGUCGACAUCCUGGUAAUGGUUCCCUCUGGAGAACAAGGUCACAGCAAAGGAUUCCAGUGAAUGCAGGGAAGAACAGAAAUGUGAUCUGAAAUUCCUUCGAGCUGGCUCAUCCUGCACUCUUGAUGUGCAGGGGAGGGACAUUUGCGUCACUGUGCCUUGCAUAAGGACAUGGGGCUGCAGCUCUGGCAGUUGUGACAGUCUUGGAAGGCUGCUGCUAAUUGGCUGUUUGUGUGCCCAGUGGAGAGAGGCACAGCAGUGUUUUAAGCUAGUUUGGCAGAGCUAUAGAAAGCUCUUGUUUUUCUGAGCCUGCUAUCUUCCUCUGAGAGCUGGAGCUUUAGGAGCAUCUGCCCCUGCCCUGACAAUAUGAAAGUAAAAUGUUUCUGUCGGUGGGGGGCAAAUGUGUUUUGCCUUAGUUGUUGAAUUCUCCCAUCAGUGGCAAGUCUUCUCCUCUGUCCAGAGGCAAAUGCUGGUUUUCUGUUCUUUUCCUUACAUUACAACAGAAUGUGGUCCCUUUGGAACCAUUUUGGGUUCAGAGAGCAUCAACCAUUAACCUACUUUGUAUUUAUUAAAUGAAACCAAAACCAGAAUACAGUGGUACCUCUGGUUAAGAACUUAUUUUGUUCCGGAGGUCUGUUCUUAACCUGAAACUUUUCUUAACCUGAGGCACCACUUUAGCUAAUGGGGCCUCCUGCUGCCGCUGCGCCGCCAGAGCAUGAUUUUUGUUCUCAUCCUUAAGCAAAGUUCUUAACCCAAGGUACUAUUUUUGGGUUAGUGGAGUCUGUAACCUGAAGCGUUUGUAACCUGAAGCGUUUGUAACCUGAGGUACCACUGUAGACCCAGCAGUAGCUCCUCAUCCCAGUGUGUGGUUAUUAGCCUUCCUUAGCCUAGUGCCUCCAGAUGUUUUGGACUACAUUUCCCAUCAUCCCCAGCCAGCGUAGGCUAGGGCUGAUGGGAGAUGUAGUCCAAAACAUCUGGAGGGCACCAGGCUGGGGAAGGUUGUUCUAAGGACAACUGCCUGCUAAACAGUAGCGUUCCCUCAGCACCCUUCUCCAUCCUAAGAGUACAGGAGUCUCUUUGCCUUAGCACACUCCCCCUGCCCCAAUAAAGGUUUAACAAUUUAAGACAGUAGCAACUGGUCUCAUGGUAAGGCCAUCUGUUUUUGGAAUAAUUGCAGCUCAGUCCAGAAUGUUUAUAGUUGGGAAAUUGGGUUUUUUUCCUGAAUCAAGGAAGAAAAACCUAAAGGGUUAGGCGGUAAAAUGCAAUCUUAAAAAUUAUUUCUGAAUUGAUACUUCACAAUCCCCCUGCUGUUGAUAGGACAGGAUAGCUUGAUUGAGACACAAUACCUUUUUGAUCACGGUACUCUCAUUACCAACACUCAGAGCUGUCUGGAGGUUUCUUGGACUCUGAGCCCAAAGACCGAUAUGGUAACGAGAGCAAGAAGAAGAAUUUGGGCAUGGAUUGGUCAAAGAUCUAAGGGGGAACACAUAUCACUUGGGUCACAGUAUCAACCCCAGCACUGUAUGUUGCUUUCAGGUGUCUCUUUACACACAUGUAAUUGGAGGGCAGGAAUAUAUCUGUGGUUAGAAACAGAUUUUACAAAACUCCUGAGAAUGGGUAAUGAUAUAUAACAGGCAACACAGUGGUUCAUUGUUAAGUAUAAGGUGGCAACUGUUUACUUCCAGGAGGGAUUGAAUCAGCUAAGGCAGAACUAAUGGUGAUUAAAAAUUCAUUUUCUUGCAGCUAUUUCAAUGCUGCUUAUUUUUUUAAAGGCAUUUAUUACAUUUAUAUACCACCUUUUUUCUUCCAAGGGUUGUGGGGUACAUGGUUCUCCUUCCCAUUUCAUCCUCACAACAACCCUGUGAGGUAGUUUAGGCUGAGAGGUGGUGAUUGGUCCAAGGUCACCCAGCGAGCUUCAAAGCUGAGUGGGGAUUCAAACCCUGGAAGAUUGGUGAAGAAAACAGAGGCAUGAUUGAACAAAAGAAUAAUCUGAGAUGGUUUUUCUAUAGAUAACAGGAGCAUAUUGCGAACACGAUCAUAUGCAUCAUUGUACUCUCAUUGAAUGUAACCUGGUCAGCUUCCAUGUUAAAGAACAAAUUCACUCAUUCAUUUAUGAAUUCUAUUAUCAAAGAAUUGUAGAGCUGGAAGGGACCCUACUCCAACCCUUUGCAAUUCAGGAAUUUCAGCUAGAUCAUACAUGGCAGAUCGCCAUCUAAGCUCUGCUUAAAAACCUCCAAGGAAGGUGGAGAUUUGGAAGAAGAAAGACUAGUGUAGAAGCUAUUGUUUCUUUGUGAAAGGGGCACCUGGACCUGAAGAGGAGAUCUAUAGCCUUGGAGGUUUCAGCUGCAGUGUGAUAGUCCAGGGAUGCCCCUGCCUCAUUACAGUGUGUGGAAUUCUUCAUAUUGCAAAAAAGCUAUAAGAUGCAGAGCUCCAUUGCUGCCAGUCUCUUCCCAGUCGAACCUCUUUAGUGAGUUUGGAAGCCUUUCCAGUCAGGCUUUCAUACUCAUUAAUUCUCCUGCCUUGUAGACUGACUAAUACUCCCAUCCUACAGGAAACAAAUUUGGGUCUCUAACAUGGAUGCAAAUUAAGAGUAGUUUUAAGUUCCCUCUCUUUUGAUUUCCUUAAGUUGCCCAUAUGCUGCAUUUGAACACCGUGUGCUUCUUGCUCCAAUAUUUUGGCCAUGCUGGUGAUAUGCUAUAGAUAACCAGUGUGGGGCCGUGGAUCAACUGUUGCACUUGAACUGGGCUGUCUUGGAUUCAAAUCUCUGCUCAGCUAUGAAGCUUUUUGAGCAAAUCCUGAUCCUACAGGGUCCUGGGUCCUUAGAGAAAAAGCAAGACAGAAGCACAUAAAAUAAUACCUGACUGAGAGAAUGGCUUUAUCCUUUGAAACUCAUAGGAUUGCUUGUAGAUUGAUGGCAUAUUGGAUGUGCGUUCAGCAAGUCUUGCUAACUGGUAUCUGUCAACAAAUGCUUGGACAUUUAUUGUCCCCAGCUUCCAAGCCUUAUCUGCAAAUUUGAUCAGCAUUAUAUUGUGUAGUAUAUGCCAAAGGAGGUGUAUUUUAAGAUUUAUUUCCAAUACAGUCAUACCUUCAGGUUGCGUACUUUCAGGUUAAGUAUGCAGCAGACCCAGAAGUGUUUACUUCUGGGUUCUGCUGCAUGUGCAUGCGCAGAAGCGCUCUAUUGGCGUUUUGCGCACACACACCAUCACUGCUCGGGUUAAGUACUUUUCGGGGUGCGAAUGGCAACCCGGAACCAAUUAAGUACUUAACCCGAGGUACUACUGUAUUUAUAGACUGCUUUUGCCAUAGAUGGUCACAAAGCAGUUCAUACAACAAUUAUCUCGGUGAAAGGCAGGGGUGCCCAAACGUUUUUCAAAGAGGGCCAGAUUUGAUGAAGUGAACAUGCGUGAAGGCCUACCAAAGUUUUUAAGGAUUGAAGUUGUUGAGCUUUUUUUUUUUUUUUUACAAUAUUACCCCAGGACAUAUACUGCCACGAGGGCCAGAUUAAAUCGACCGGCGGGCCAGAUUAGGCCCUUGAACGAACUUUGGACAUGCCUGCUCUAAGGAGAUCAUUCCUUCCAUUCUGUGAUUAUGUGUGUGAUGUAGACACCUCAGUGAAUGAUUAAAAAAUGAGCCUCUUUUCUGAUUUUAGAUUUCUUAGAAAUUGUAUGAUUGAUCCGAGAGGGUUGUAAAACGGUUUUCUGAUACGUUAUUAUGAUCUGAGUUAGCGCAGGUUGUAUGAAGCCCCUGAAAUGGCUUCCUUCUUGGGAAUGUUGUGUUUGGUCUCUCAGCAGUUUGAGCAAAGCUUCCAUUCUAAACACAUUAAUUGCUGAAAUGUGGAAUAUGGGAACUCUCUGUGUUUCUUAGCCUCUCCUUUCUCAGGCCCCAAAUAUACUUCUUUGCCACCAGCUCACCUCACUGCUGUUUACUAAACAGCCUCCUCCUACGUGUAUCUGUAAAUGGGAGAGCGCAAGUCAUCCUGCCCCUUUGCAAAUCCCAGCCAGCUCCUGUGGAAACUGUGACCUAAGAGCUGCAAGUGUCUCUAACAGACCAGGUGUCGGCUUUCUGAGUAAGAUCGUGGCUAUAAUGCAAGGCUAGCAGCCCUUGUGAUUAAGUAGCAAAUGUCAGCUAGUGCAGAUAGGAUAACAUUCCACGGCUGCUCAGCACUAACCCAGGAAUUAGCUGGUGAUAGCAUUUCAAGAAUUUUUUGGUCGUUCUUGGAGAAACAAAAGGCUGUCACUUGGAUAGCGUCCUAGUCCAUGAAUGGCAAGACCAGGAGUGUUUUAAUAUUUUCCUUCUUUGAUUGCCAUUUAUCUGUUAAAUUAUUUAAUUUUUGCCCAUUUGAAGAAAAUGUGUUUAUGUGGUACUCUGACCCAAAUUUGUAUAAAAUGGGUAUGUCAUCUAGAAGUCGUUGACUGCCAACACGACCUUUCCGCUUGCAUUGGAAACUGCCUCAAUGCCCCAUUGCUAGGCAUUGCGAGGCCAGAGCAGCUGGUGGUUCAGUUCCAUGGGCUGACAUGGGAAUUUAACACAGCCCCCCAAAUGAGAAAACGUAACUUGGCCUCUGAAUCUACACAUUGUUUCAGCUUUGGCUGCCUUGGGGACUUUUGAAAUGUUUGAUCAGGAGAGGUUGCGAGUGUCUCUUUGGAUGGGUAAGUGGUUUUGGAAGAGAUUGGGGGCGGGGGGUAACCCUGUUCUUGUGAUAAAGUGCCUGGAGGCUCAUUUUUGUUCCACUGGAAUGCCAUCUUGUUUGAACAUAGGGUUAGAUCUCAGAAAUAUCCCCAAAAGAGAGAAACGAGAAGCCAUUGGAAAGUGGUGAAAAUGUUACCCCCACCCAUUAGAUAUGUUGCUGAGUUCAUGUGAGCGUUCUUCUAUGCUCUACUUCUGGUAUAAAGAGUGGCUAUUGGAAGUCUUUCUGGUGCUCUCGGCCACUGAUUUGCAGUUGUAGAAUUGAAAUGCUGGAAACUACCACAGUUUGCAAGAGCCCAAAUGGUUCUUUUACUUUACAGUGGUUCCCAUAGAAACUGCUGGGUGAUGGCAGCAAAUAGCAUAGAAGAUGCUUGUCAAGAAAAUCUUCUAACUUCCUCUCAGUUUCUCACAUCAACUAAUCCAGAGAUUAGCCCUGCAUAUGUUGUUGGACUUCAUCUCUCAUCAGAUGCAGCCAUGUUUAGCUACUCUUACUAUCAUUCUUUCCUCAAAGGGUCAUAUUUUAGUGGUAGAGCUUUACAUUGAAAAGGUCCCAGACUCAGUCCCUGGUGUCACCAGGUGGGACUGGGAAAGAAACACUGCCUAAAACCUGGGAGCUGCUGCUAGUGAGUGAGUGUACCUUUCUCUCUUAUUAGAUCACUCCCACAGGUAUUUUAUAGGUGACUACAUUGUUCUACUGUGUCCACUUUUUCCUAUCUGGCAAUGUUAGCAUGGCCUCUUUUGUGAAUUCUGUAGGGGGGAAAUCAGAUAAAAACUGGGCAAAUAAAUUAAUAUAAAUCCCAGGUCUUUAGAGGGCUGAGCUCUUUCAUUUUAGAUAUGUGGAGGAGCAGUUUUUCAGCACCACCUUGUGGAAUUGGCCCUCAAGGAAUGACUGGAGAUGCCAAAGUGCGGUGCCCCAACUACAGUUCAAUUAUGUGCUAUAAAAGGAUCCUGUGGUAAAGCUACUCAGAGGGUCUGAGAAUUAAUAGAGAUGUACUCCUCUUGGCUAUCUCCUGGUGCAGGUCAUCCACCAGAGCAGGGGUAGCUACCUAGUGUCCUCCAGAUGUUGUAGCCCAACUCCUAUCAUCCCUGAGCAUUAGCCAACAACAUCUAGAGGGCACUACAUUGGUUUUUCCUAUCCUAAGGUGACCAAGACAGUUUCAGUCCUGAAACCAAAUCAGAAGCUAGAUUGGAAAUGAUAGCAGAUAAUCAGCCUCAUUCAAGAAAGUUCAGAAUUGGGCCAUCACCACCACAUGCUCAGGCACCUUGCUUGAAUAUAGCACAUUCAAAACUGGUCCAGUGAAGGCUUCCACAGAAGGGAUUGCACAGUACUGGGGCCACACUUCCCCUCAGGUAUUAUUAAUUGCCUUGGUAUCUGUAUAAAGGCUGUUAAUGACAUUUUUAAUGCAUAAAUAGUCCUGAGCUAGAUGGUCCAGCUUGACAUAAGCCUGCUUUUUGUGUUCUUCUAAAUACAUUAGAAAAUCAAUUUGGGGUUGCUAACUUCCAAGGGGCAGCCUUUCUAAGAGAAUUUCCACCCAAGCCAACCCUUGUCAACUCCUCUUGGUUGUGAUGGUUGUUUUGAGUUUUGUGCAUGUGGCUGCUGAGCAAGGAAUUAUUGGGCCACGCUCAUAAGUCUUGUUACAAUUUCGUUUUGAGAGUCCACUUCCUUGCUGCAGAGGAGUUUGCCCUCCUGGUUUGGCUUCCGAUCUCCUACUCCUGGCUGUCAUGUGUGAAAAGUGAUGUGUGUGCACACUAGUUUUUGUAAAUACUUUUACAAGUCUUUGCACCAAAAGUAUAUACAGCAGCCUUGUAUAUAUUUCUAUACCCACUUGUGUGCACGCCAGUCUUGUAAAGAAACGUGUCUAGGCCCAUGUGUGUCUUAUUCCAUUGCCGUAUCAAAACUACCAUACCCACAACCUAAAGUGAAGUGGCAAUUUGACAGAGAUGCCUCUGCCUGUCACUUUGGAUCAUCUUUUGUCUGCUGUUGCAUAACAGAGGGUGAGGUCUUCUUGCCCUGAGCUUAGCUGUUGUGGACUGUUACAGCAUGUUAAAUCCUGCAUGAGCUGGGGCCCACUGGCCUCCACUUUGAACACGGGGAGGAGGAGACUUCAGUGUAACAGCUCAACCAGAAGCUGCUGCUAACAAUUUACUCAGCUUCUCUGGCUGGAGUUGUGUAAAAGGAGCUGUUGGACGUAAUGACAGAUUCCUCUGGAAACUGCUGCCAGUUGGAUGCAUGAGCCAAGCCAUCCCACGCAUCAUCUCCUCCUGGAGGCCAUGUGGUAUAACUGGUGCUGUGCUUUGGGAGGUGCUGAGCAACCCUGGGGCCUGGGGCUCUAAGAGCAGCAUGCCCUGGGUUGCGUGCCAGCUUGCUUGACUUGAUGGCAGGAGCCUUAGUUAAAAUACUUGGCUUUGGGCACUCUAGGGGUGAGCAGGAAGAGGAAAUGAGGAGGUGUCCAAGAGUGAAAGCUGCUGUUGCUCUUGCUUUGUGAUUGUCCAAGUUAUUGUCAGCUGCCUUCCUUAGAAGCUCGCCCUUGGAGAGCCUCCUUGGUGACACAAUGCUCUUUUGAGUGUGAUGCUAGUUUUUGUGCAUUGUCUGACCCAUAUGGUGGAAGCACAGGAAACCCAUUUGCAGAAAAGUAUUUAUUAUAAGGUGGGGAGUGAUAAACACUUUUGGCGAAUAGCAUUGAUGGUGAUGCAUCUCUCCUGUGCAUGCAGCCACACAGGCCUUUCUUUUAACUCUUCCUCACCAAGUUACCUCCUGUGAACUCUCUUGAGACAGUUCCAGAGCUAGGCACGAAUGCUGCUCCACCUUUUCCAGCACCUCUGUCCAGCUUCCUUGGGUGAUUUAGCAACCCCCACCCCUCAUUCCGCCUGCCUUGUCUGUGUUUCAGCAGAAUGAUUUCUCAGAGCUUGUCAGUCAGCAGGCUUAUUGGCAGUUCUUGGCAUGCAGUGUUCUCAAGGCAAAAACUGCUGUGACAACAUGUGAUUCUCCCAAGCUGCUAAACAACUCUGCCUGACGUUCCAGCUUCUCUCUUAUGUCGUGCCAGUGCGUAGCAGCUGUACUGGGCUCCAGUGCUUCUGGCAGCAGUGCAAAGCCUGGUAAUCUAAGAAACACAUUCAUUAAGGGACAGGUUAUCUCGUGAGCAGGUCCCAUAGCUGGCAGAGGGAAUGUCUUGGCCAGGGUAGCAGCAGUGUUUGGCACAGACGUUGCUACCACUGCUGGCUGCUGGUUCUGGGUGAAGUAGCAGGGGCUACUCUUUGAUUUCAUGGGCUGCACGCCUCCAUUUUAUGAGAGCACACCACUUUUAAUAUGGUAUUUUAUCGCUAAAUGUUUGGCAGCCUGACACAGUUGGACAGAGACUGCCUUUGGUUUCAUUCUUGAGUCCUUGGCAGUUGUGCAAUGAAAUCAUUUUGUGUUCGUGAAGCACUUUCACUGCAAGGGAUUGAAAAUGUUUAUGUGGACAUGUAGCAGCUCUCUCUCUCUCUCUUAACAAUCCUGUAACAAGCGCUGCUUCCACUACCAAGAAGAAGACAACCAUUACUGCCGCCAGUGUACCUGCAGCUGCACAGCCAUUUUUUUAUGUUCCAAAGGGGUUCUUUAGAGGUUCCUCUGCAACUUGCUCAGUAGGUUCCCCAUGCUGCCAUCUCCUUCUUGUCUUUUAAAUUGGUCCAUUUCACUUGUUCUGCUGUGCUUCCAAGUAAUUUAGCUGCAACAAGUUCACUGAUGUGGCCACGUAUGCCUAUCUGAGAUUUGAGUCAACAAAAAUCUAGCCAAACGAAAAAACUUUUGUAUUAAAAGGAGAUGGGGGGGGGGUUGUUCCAGCUUUAUCACAUAGCUGGUUUCUGGAAACUGAUACCAGUUUCUAGGAACUGGACAUACAGUUCCACCCUUCCAUUUGGUCAUCUCUUAGUUCCAAACACACACAAUUUGCCACAGGAAGGAAAUCUUGCCAAUCCUUCAGCUCUGCCAUUCUCUGCCAGAGAAUGCACAUCCAACCCCAUGCUGUACCACUGCAUGGCUGGUUGUAUGGACUUAAAUGUUACCAAUACACCCAGCUGAGCUCCCUUAAUUAGCACCCAUGUUAGCUCUUUGAUCCAAACUCUUGCUUAUGAAAAGCAUUUUUUGCUCCUGAAGAAAUGGCUUUUCCCUUUCCUCUUUGGUUUCCAGGCAACCUGGCCUUUUGCAAGAUCACAGCACCCCGAUGACGUCUGUGCUGGCCUCCCCCCUCAUUCUUUCUCUCUCUCCCCUUCGGAGGUUCGGAGCUGAACACAUGUGAGCUGUUUUUCCUCUUCCCUCCCACGUGCUAUGGUACAUGUGUGGGAAAAGGCAGCUUGGAGGACGGAACAGCUCUGCUUGGAUCAUCUGCUUUGUGCCAGGCCUUUCUGUGUUUGUGUUUCCUUGAUUAAAAUGGUUGCCUCGUGAACUCACUUCUCAUUGAGCUUUAUGCUGCUCUUCCUGGAGGACCGAGGAUGUGCUGCUGGCAAUCUUUUCCCAGAGCAUCCUGUACAGUCAUGGUGGCUUAGCAGGGGUGGUUUUGGCACAGAUGGAAGCAGACUCUCUGAAGAGGUGACAUGAAGGAAGUCCCUUCCAGGAAUAAGUGGGUGUGGGAUCUGAGCUAGCCCCCAAGCCAGUGAGGCUCUGAUCUGGCCAGGAGCCUGGUACUCUGUGCAAAGGCAAGGUCACAGGGAGGCAAGGUUAAAAGCAGCAAGGACAGGGAUGAUCCAGAAAUAAGCAGGGCAGAGAUCUGGGGUUGAAGAAGCAGGAAAUUCCCGGUAAUGUAAGCCUCUUGUUGAGUCCCCAAAAUAUGUGUGGGGUUUUGCAAGUAAUGCAGACUUGUGGAAAUGCAGAGUUGUGGGCAUGUGCAACUUGUGGUUGACCCCCGUGCUGAAAACUUGUACCAUUCUGCCAGGCCAAGUCAGAUCCUCCCAGGCAGACUAGCAGGGAACUCACUUCAAUAUAUUUAUCAUUUUUUCUCCUUGCUUUUCAAUGUGCCCCUGCCCCCAACAAGCCCCUGACAUAAACUAGGUUUUUUCCCCCUUUGGCACACAACUGAUUUCCUGGCAUUCAAGGCCAAGGCAAACAUCUUGGGAAUAGGUUAUCUGCAACUUUCUUCAAACAAUUAGGAUAAAAGUGCAGAGUUUUGGUCAAGAGCCAGGUUUGGGGUUCCUAAAUGUAUAUCACCUUUGUCUUCCAGCUAAGAGCUUCCUUUCUUGGAGACAAAAGAGAAACCUUGGACCAGGAGACCAGCUAGAGAUUCCAUUCCAAUCUCUCAAAAAAUGUUGCCAUAAAGAUAAUUGAUAAGACCCAGCUGGAUGAAGAGAACCUCAAGAAGAUCUUCAGAGAAGUUCAGAUCAUGAAGAUGCUUUGCCACCCACACAUCAUCAGAUUGUAUCAGGUUAUGGAGACAGAGAGAAUGAUUUAUCUGGUGACAGAAUAUGCGAGCGGAGGGGAAAUAUUUGAUCACCUCGUGGCCCAUGGACGAAUGGCUGAAAAAGAAGCCCGGAAGAAGUUUAAGCAGAUAGUGGCAGCUGUCCAUUUCUGCCACUGUCGUAACAUCGUCCACAGAGAUCUGAAAGCAGAGAAUUUGCUUCUGGAUGCAAAUCUGAACAUCAAAAUAGCAGAUUUUGGAUUCAGUAAUAUCUUCACACCUGGUCAGCUGCUGAAGACCUGGUGCGGAAGUCCCCCCUAUGCUGCCCCUGAACUCUUUGAAGGGAAGGAGUAUGAUGGGCCAAAGGUGGACAUUUGGAGCCUUGGGGUGGUGCUCUACGUGCUGGUCUGCGGGGCCCUGCCUUUUGAUGGGAGUACGCUGCAGAACUUGCGGGCGAGGGUCCUGAGCGGGAAGUUUCGCAUUCCAUUUUUCAUGUCCACAGAGUGUGAGCACUUGAUCCGCCACAUGCUGGUGCUGGAACCAAGCAGGCGGCUCUCCAUGGAGCAGAUCUGCAAGCACAAGUGGAUGAAGCUUGGGGAGGUGGAUACGGAGUUCGACACGUUAAUAGCCGAAUGUCAACACUUGAAGGUUGAGAGGCAGAUGGAACCGCUGAAUGAAGAUGUGCUGCUUGCCAUGGCCGAGAUGGGGCUGGACAAAGAGCGCACCCUCCAGUCAUUGAGGACAGAUGCUUACGAUCACUACAGUGCAAUCUACAGUCUGCUCUGUGACCGUCUAAAGAGGCAUAAGAACUUGCGCAUUGCCACCCUGCCCAGCCUCCCACGGACCAUGGCCUUCCCAGCACAAGCCAGCAUCCAGGCAGAGCAGGCGGGCAACCCAGUGAGCAUCAGUGUCCCACAAGUGCAGCUCAUCAACCCCGAGAACCAAAUAGUGGAGACUGAUGGAGCAAUGACUCUGGAUAGUGAUGAAGGGGAAGAGCCGUCCCCUGAAGCUCUGGUCCGCUACCUCUCCAUGAGGAGGCACACGGUGGGAGUGGCUGAUCCUCGUACGGAGGUGAUGGAGGAUCUCCAGAAGCUGCUACCGGGUUUCCCAGGCAUUGCACCACAGGCCCCCUUCCUGCAGGUGGCUCCCAACAUGAACAUGGCAGCCAACAUGCUUCCAAUGCAGCACCUGCAACCAACUGGUCAGUUAGAGUACAAGGAGCAGUCCUUGCUGCAGCCCCCAACUUUGCAGUUGCUGAACGGAAUGGGACCCCUUGGACGGAGGGCGUCAGAUGGAGGAGCCAAUAUCCAGUUGCACGCACAACAGCUCUUGAAGCGUCCCCGCGGCCCUUCUCCACUUGUUACAAUGACACCAGCAGUGCCCGCCGUGACCCCUGUGGAUGAGGAGAGCUCAGAUGGAGAGCCAGAUCAGGAAGCUGUGCAGAGAUACUUGGCCAAUAGGUCAAAAAGGCACACACUGGCAAUGACCAACCCCACCGCGGAAAUCCCGCCCGACUUGCAGAGGCAGCUAGGACAGCAGCCCUUCCGCUCCCGGGCAUCACACCUGGCACCCGACCAGCACCGCUAUGUCUAUAAAGACUCCAACACUCUGCACCUCCCCACGGAGCGCUUCUCUCCGGUCCGCCGUUUCUCAGACGGGGCUGCCAGCAUCCAGGCGUUCAAGGCCCAGCUGGAGAAGAUGGGCAACCACAGCAGCAUCAAGCAGCUGCAGCAGGAGUGUGAGCAGCUCCAGAAGAUGUAUGGGGGCCACAUGGACGAGAGGACCCUGGAGAAGACGCAGCAGCAGCACAUCUUGUACCAGCAGGAACAGCAUCAGCAGAUCUUUCAUCAGCAGAUCCAGGAUUGUGUCCGCCCUCCUCAGCCUUCUCCACCACUGCAAGCUCCAGGAGAAAGCCAGCCUGCUUUGCUCACUCACCAGCUUCAGAGGUUACGGAUCCAGCCCUCCAGCCCACCUCCAAACCAUCCCAGCAACCAUCUCUUCAGGCAAACGGACAGCAGCCCCCCUCCAGUCAGCAGCAGCAUGCUCCAGAGCCACAGUGCAGCCUCGCCGUCGCAGUUCCAAGGGAUGCCCUCUCACAGCGCCAUCUUCCAGCAGUCGGGCAGUUGCUCACCUCCCCCCAAUGUGGCCCUCUCCUGCAUGGGCAUGCCGCAGCAAGUGCAGGGGCAACCGGUAGCCAUCCAAAUGCAGGAGCCAGGAGAUGGGAUGGGCGGCAGCCUCUUGCAGGCUGGGCGGGGCAUGCCCACCCCGACCAGUGCCAAUCAGCUGCAGAUGCACCAUCGUGCCAGUCUGAUGGCCUCCCUGACUUACGGGCACAGGCCCCUCUCCAAGCAGCUCAGCGCGGACAACGCAGAAUCGCACAGGUAUCCGUCGACUGGCUACGACCAGGUGCACUUGCACCCCCACCUGUUUCCGGAGCAGGCCCGUGUCUCUCCAAGCAGCUACAGCCCAGCUACAGCAGUGGGCUUCCCUCCGCAGGUGGAGCAGUUCCCCAGCUUCUCCCAGAGCGCUCAGCAGCAGCAGCACUACGCCACGUCAGCCCUGCAGCAGGCGCUGCUGUCUCCCACCCCGCCAGACUACAGCCGGCACCAGCAAGUCCCACACAUCCUGCAGGGCCUGCUCUCGCCCCGGCACUCGCUCACGGGCCACACGGACCUGCGGUUGCCCCAGGCCGAGGUGGCGCAGCUCAUUAAGCGGCGGCAGCAGCAGCAGCAGCAGCAGGAAUUCCAGGAGCUGAUCCGGCACAUGAGCCAAGGGGAGAGCGGACAUGUGGCUACCAGCGUGGCCCAGAAACUGUCAGAGCGCCAGGCUCUGUCUUUGCCUUAUCAGAACACUGACACGUACCACCACCCUCACCAUCACCACCACCAUCACCACCACCACACCAGUCCCCAGCACCUCUUGAAAGUGAGGGCGCAUGAAUGUAUCCAGCAGGCGCCAGCCUCGGUGCCGGCCCACGGGUACGCUCACCAGCCCACCUUGGUCCACUCAGAGAGCAUGGAGGAGGAAGUGGACUGCGUGUGUGAAGGGGAACGGGACAGCUUCCCAGGCAAUAAGACCAAAGCUUGCCACGAGGCUCCGCUGCUCUUAAGUGCCGGUGGUCCUGGGGACCCAGACGCUUUGUUUGGGACUGCCAAGCAGGAGCAGGAAUUGGGGGCGCACCAUUACAGGCACCAGCCAGCCACCACCUUCAGUCGGAAUAAGGUGCCCGGUAGAGACUCCAUGGUCACAGGUUGCAUGGAAAGAAGCUCUCCUGGUCACGUGGAGAUGCCAGAUGCAGAUGGGCCAGAGGGUUACCCCACAAGGCCGAUUCCUGGUGUGCAUCACAGAUCCCGGCCUUUGCAGAGACACCACACCAUUCAAAACAGUGAUGAUGCCUAUGUGCAACUGGACACUCUGCCAGGCAUGAGCCUAAUGGCAGGGAAGGCGCUCAGCUCUGCCCGCAUGUCCGAUGCUGUGCUCAGCCAGUCUUCCCUCAUGGGCAGCCAGCCGCUCCAUGGUGGGGAGAGUGAAGAAGACUGUGGAGGGAACUUGGAAGGUCAAGAGCACUUGAACCUAGCAGACGGCAACCAGCAUCUAAACACCUCUUGUUACUCUUCCACGUGUAUUACUGACGUCCUGCUGAGUUACAAGCACCCAGAGGUGCCCUUUGGGAUGGAGCAGGCUGGGGUCUAGAGAGCAGGCAGGCUACACAGGGGUAUGUACAGCUUUGAAACAAAAAGGUCCAUUUCAAACCAACAGUAUCUCGCAGCCUUGCGCCAAAUGGCCGUCCCGUUUCUCCUUGACGGAAAUCUUGUGGCGGCUCCUCCUCCUCCUCCUCCUCCUCCACCUCCUCGUUGGUUCAACGGUGUGCUUGUUCCUUUCGGAUGUUCAUUAUUGCCAUAUUUGCCUGUGACGCCAGCCAUUCUGGAAGGACCAGAGCACGCCCCCUCGCACAGAAGCUGCAGGGGGCAGUUCGAGGGCAGCUGCCAGCUUGGAGGGGCCCCCUCCCCGGUCAGUGGCAGGUGCUGGGAGAGGGGGCAGUCAGCCUUGCCUGGAAAACCUGAUGGCAGAAAGGGAGAGGAGCUCUGCCCACCCGCAAGCAAUAAGCAGCUGUUUUGGACGGUGCCUCUUCAUGAUCUGCCUUUGCAGUGGCCCCUCCAGGCCAGGGGGCUGGGUGGGGGUCUUGGGGGCUAUGCUUGCGGAGGGGCCGAGAGCCAAGCCUCCACGUCUGCCUUCCAUGCAUCGCUUGCCUCCCACCCCUUGGCCAUUUGCCCCCCCCCCCCCCCCGCAGUGGUGCAAUAUUGCUUUUGUGUGUCUCUCCUCUGUCAGCCUUUCUGUUUUAAAUUUUGUCACUCUGUCCUUUCUUCGGUUUCUCUCUUUUGUACACCCCCCCCAUUUAAUUCCAUGUGCUACUACUUCUUCUUUUUCCCCUUUUCCCCCCGAGAAAACCUGGUUCUUGUUUUUAACUUACUUUCCCUUCAGAUCAUGUAGGAAUUUGUUUUGGUAAAUGUUUUAUUAUUAUUGUUAUUGUUAUUAAUAAUAAAUUAAUUGUUAAUAAAAGGCAGGAUGCAUUUUGCCCCUCCCCUUCUACCCUGCCCCAUGUUGCUGCUUGCCCUUCCCAUCUUCCUCCCAGUAUUGGCUUUUCUCCAGUGUGGCAGCGGUGGUGCCCCUGGCGUUGCCGCGGAGACUGUCUCUCCCUCUCUCGCAGCCCUUGGGGAACUUGUUUUCUGUGACUGGUCCAGGGUCUGGGGCACCUCCAGCGGCUGGGCCUCCGGGGAGUCUCUUGUGUCAUCUUUUCUGCCUUUGGAACUUUUGACGAAGCUGCAACAGAGAAAUCCCUAUUACUGACUCUUUUUGGAAGAAUUUUUUAAAGGAUUAAAUAUAUAUAUAUAUAUAAAUAUAUAUAUAUCAAUGCAGCCCUCCUGAAUUUGCACAGAAGAAGUGUGAGACCAGCAUGGCUGAGGUUCUUUUGCUAUCGUCAUCAUCAUCAUCAUCACCAUCCUCCUGUUCCUCGUUCUCACCUUUCCAGCAGCAUCUGGAUACCAAGAUGUGCAAGCAAUGGUGGGGGGAAGCCUCUUCCUGCUCCUGCUCCCCCUCCAGGCUGGAUUGUGGCCACUGUUCCACUGAGGCAGCAGGGGACUCGCUUACCAGGGAAGAAGAGUGGGCCAUGGAGGGGCAGGGGGGAUUUGAGGGCUGCUCACUGCUCCCUCCUGCCACUGGGAGGGAGGGGCCAAAAGGCACCAAAAGCCUCCUCUGGCCUGGCUUUGGACUCUUGCUUUGGUUUUUCCUUCUGUUUACAUGAUCCUGAGAGAUGACAGCAGCAUCAGCCGCCCUCCAAACAAACCUCCGUGCAGGGACUGGCCUGGCUAUGCUGUUUUGCAGUAUCACACUUUUUGUUUCGUUUUUUUUGUUUUUGCGGGGGGGGGGGAUUCUUUUGUUUUUAAUCAUUGCUUUGUAUUGUAGUAAUCAAUACUCGCAGUAUAUGUUGAAUGUAUCAUAUACUUUGCUAUUAUUUCUGUUUUGGGGGAAAUGUCCAAAGUAUUUUUUCUCAUUUAUGUUGGACUAAAAACAAGAACCCACACAAACACAAACUCCCCAGAUUUUCAGCAAAAUCUUAGUUCAGUUUUUUUUCCGUUUGUUUGUUCGUUUUUGGUGGGUCAUUUUGCAACUAGUAACUUAGUUGGACGUGGGAUCAUGACAAAUAAACCCAUGAUUAUGAUUGGCUCUCA